CCUGUCUCAUUUGUUGUUGUCCGGCUGUGUUUCCGGUGUCGAUGCAGCUGUUUAUGGUUCCAAAAUGACUAAACUACAGCUACUGAACGCCUACCUGACGGAGCGGCUGACGGUUGUGGUGAAGGAGAUUCUGGACGUGGUGGAGGACACGGUGACCGAGUACCGGGAGGAGACCGCCAGGACCAAGCGCGAGAACGAGAGCCUGCGGAGGCAGCUGCGGGACAUCCUGCUGCUGGAGGCCGAGACGGAGUGGCUGAGGUCGACCAGGUCCAGUCUUGGUUUUGCGUCUCCUGAGCAGCAACCCCGUGAUCCAGAACUGAGGCCCCGCUCAGAGGAGCCAGACUCCACCCUUAACCAGCCCAGACAGCCAGCAGCUAACACUGCCAAGCCAACUCAUGAGCAGGUCGUUUCUGUGCAGCUACUGUCAGUCCAGAGUGAGACGCCACCAGGGCCGACCCUCCUGCCAGGGGACAAGAAGCCUGCUGAGUCCUGGGAACCAGUACCGAAGCGGGACCCUCAGAAGGAGGCAUUUGGGAAAGUUUCACCUCUUCCUUCUCACUCCUCCCGAAGUCCUCCCUCUGCCUCGGGCCCUAAAAUCCACAUUGAAGUUCCUGCACUCAGAGAGAAGCCCAGGGCCCCGGCUCCUGCUGUGAUAAAAAGUGAACCCGAGGAAUACAAAGUGAGUGAACCUGAAGGUCACACAGACUCCCUGACAGAAACUCACGUCUCACAGGAACACUCAGGUGUCAGGAACAGGACAGUGGUGGUACGUGCAGACCGACAUGAAGCUCAUCAAAACAAGAAGUCCUGUCAGGACGAGGUCACAGCUGAUGAUGUCACAGCAGCUGGAUACAUCCCUGAGCUCGUCCAUCGCUGCCCCCGCUGUGGAGAGGCAUUCGGCCAGGCCAGCAGCCUCCGCCUCCACCUGGAACAGAAGAGAAAGACCUACGCCUGCGACUGGUGCUGUAAAUCCUUUGCGCAGUCGGCGGACCUGCGACGUCACCUGCGCACGCACACAGGCGAGAGGCCGCACCGAUGCACAUUCUGCUCUAAGAGCUUCAGCCAGAGAGGAAACCUACGGCGACACCUGCGCAUUCACACAGGGGAGCGGCCAUACAGCUGCCCGUACUGCUGCCGCACCUUCAGCGAUGGAGACACCAUGAAGAAACACAAGCGCACACAUUCAGGAGAGAAACCAUACCGCUGCGUCCAAUGCUCCAAGACCUUCACCAGCGCCAGUGGCCUGCAGAUACACUUAAAGAAGGACAUGUGCUUUGUGGCCAACACCUGACUGGUCAGUUCAGACUAAAGGAGAGUAAGAGGCUAUAAAGCAUUCCCACAAAGACACAUCACUCAGUGUAAAUGCUUAUUCUAAUAAUAGAAUGUGACCAUCACAAGCCAGCAGGGUUCAAUAUAUACAUACAUAUAAAUAUGUGUAUCAUCAUGCAAAAUCUUACUGGGCCUCAUUCACCAACUGUUCUUAAGAAGAAAUUUCUUAGUAGAGCCUACUUGCACAGUUUUCAUGAAGAUUCUAACAUUCACCAGUGUUUUCUAAGGUCUAGGUCUGCUCGCACAAUGGCAUGUUUACUGCUGCUCCAAUAUGUUGGAGGAUGAGCACGUCCUCUAGGACCAUGUAGUUGUGUUUGCAGAGAGCGACAAGUGCGGGCCUGUCCUGCUCCAGUACCGUGGUCUGCAUCUCUUCUGUGUUAGGCAAUACCUUUAACUUUAUUUCUUAUCUUAAUCUUUAAGAUCAAACCAUCUUUUUUUUUACUUCAUCUGUUGUCCCCAGAUACAGCAUUCUCUGAACAAGUAACAGCAUCCCAUGCAUCUUUUGUGUGUGUUAUUUUAUAUCCAUAACUGAUGCUAUGAUAUACGACAGCUCAUUUGGCGUUCACUUCCCGCAGAAGUACCUCCGCUUUGGAACUAUUGAAGUUUUUUUAGGUUUGGAGUCCGGUGCUCCUCCUCCCUAUUUAGUGUGCACCGUGUCAGUUUCAGUUUGUGAGGACAAUGGGAUUCAUCUUUAUAAGAGCAUGGAUGUCAACAAUUCUAACGUAGACUUUUCUUCGGACCUCUCUCAAGAGCAAAUUUAUGAAAAAUCUUGUUAGUGAAUGAGGCCCAAUGUCUUUACACACCAAACUGCUGGAUCUUAAAGUUACACUGUGCAGGAACUUGGCCUCUCUGGACAUUUUACUGUAGGCCAAGCUGAAGUGAGUUUCACCCUGGUUCCCUUGUCAAAUAACCUGCAGGAUUUUUCCAAUCAAUUGCACGUUUUGUCCGGGAAAAUGACCUUCACAAAUGAACACCACUUUUAUGAGUAAAGUAAAAAUUAAUGUUAGGCAAUAACGAACUACACCACAGUAACAUGACUUAACAUCACCACCACAACAAGGCUGUAAAAAGCAGUGUUCGGCGUGUAGUCUCAUUUAGCCACCUGUUAGCAACCACCUUUUUAAAGACACGUUAAAGCAGCAAACAUUGAUUUCAUUUCAGGAGUCACAGCUACCUAACAGCCUCAUGUACUUCAACAUACCUGUAAACCUAAACAGCCAGUGGAUAUUAUGGCCAAAUGCAACUUAGUAAUACACUUUUAAUAUGUUGAGAGGCAGUCAUUCUGGUGUGUAAAGUUCUUGCGAUAACACACAAGAAACUACAUGUUUGUCGCUGCUGGCUUGUGAUGCAGCUCUGUGAUGUGGCUGCAGCAACGAUCACCUGUCCAACCAUAACGAGCAGCCAAUGAGGUAAACUAAUUUACAUUCCUGCUGACUUGUUCUCUCUGUUCCCUCUUGCUGCGAGCCUUCAGUGCACUUUGUUUUUAUGAAUUAGGGCAGGAUGCAGUUUCUAGGCAGCUACAGUCGCGCUGAUAUCAUCCAUGCCUUCAUAAUUAUUUAUUUAUUGUUAUGUCUUACGUUGUACUUCUAAGCAAAUAUGCGAGACACAGCCCCCAGCUGAACUUGUCCAUCCUCCACACAUGAGACGACAGUCUGCAGAGGAUCCAUCACAGUGUGUUCUGUCUUCACUCUUCUGUGUUUCUGGUUCCAGAUCAACAACAGAGUGAAAACAUGCAGUCGGCUGUGUGACACAUUAUAUAACUGAAGGACUGUUGAAGAGUUUGUGUCUGAAAUGAGAAGAGACUUUCCUGCUUCAGAGCAGACUGGUUGCUGCAAUACUAAAAAUAGAAUAAUAUAUUAUUUAUUUUCCUUUUUUUAUCAGUGUUAGACAGCUUGAACUUUGUCUGAUCUGCCGCCUGAGAAUAUUCAUGUUUGUGAAGAUGGCUGAUCAUGAAGCAUAAUGGGAAACUGCUUCAUACUGCAGAAAUGAUAAACAGCAGAUUAUGACGAUUCACAGAAAACAAGAAUGAACAUUUUCUCUGUUAGCAGACAGGAACAGUUACAGUGUGAAUGUGUGUAGAUCUUUUCUGUGUGAUUAUCAGUAUUUUGUAUUGAUGUGAAACAUCUUGUUUUUUUAGGCAAAAUAAAUGUUCAGUGAAACUGU